CAUAAUAAUUCGUAGUUUAUUCCAAUCUGGAGGCCAACUACUGUUUCUAUAUCGCGAUCUUCCAAGCUUUCCAGUAGUAAAUCAACGAAGUAGAAAGUUCCUUCGGUUUGUAUACAAACCACCCCUCUUGCCUCCCUAUAUUUCUCCUCCUUCAUCUUUAAAGUAAGCAAUUUUACUCUCCCUCUCUCUCUCUCCCACACAGUGCGUGUGCGUGGGUGUGCGUAUGCGUGUGCGCAUCUUCUUCUCCAACACGCCUCUGCUCAAUUUCCUUCCUCAACCUCACCAAAAAGCUUCACUUGUCCUCUGGCACUGCUUCUCUGCAUUUGAACGCCCCUCACCGCCGCCGAGCUUCGUCAUGGCACUCCGACGGCACCGUGUUUGCGGCCUCUUAGCCGGCUUAGCUUUUCUCCUCUUCUUCUCCACGGCCAUAGGUUUCUGCUUGGGAGGAAUAGUUCAGAAGGAAGAAACUAGUUUCAUGAGAAGGGAGAAUGCGGCGGCCGGCCGGCGGCUUCUUGCCGAAAUCGCCGACAUGCCGGUGGCGAUGUGGUAG